AUGGUGGCGAAUCGCUGCACUGUCAACAAGCGGUGGAUAAAGAUCCGCGUGCGCGUGAACCUUUCCAUUCUCCUCUUCUUAGUGUGCUAUGUGGUGCCUAUUUUCCUUUUCUAUAAGCGGACUCGCGCUGAAAGUUUCGUGGACGCCUCUCGUCAAGGUGAGACGCUUAUUAGCGACAACGAGUUUUUCCAGUGCGUCGCGGAGCGGCUCUCUUACAGGGAAGAUCACCCUAUGCGAAUCCCGUACGUCCUCCUACCGGUAACGAUGGAUUACCAAGACAUCAAGCAACUCUUCUGCAACAUUACGGUCCCCAUGACGUACAUCAUGUUUAUCAACAAUGGUGAAUUUCGCCCCCUGCGCUCCCUCCUCGACCGCCUCGCCCUGGCGCUGAGCACGUAUGUCGACAAGAAUUUGUUCAUCAUACACCACCCGGAGAACACCGGGUACGCGUCCGCCGUGAACGAGGGCUUGCGGCACGCCCUCACUUUCUCAGUCGCCGAGGUGCCGUGGAUCUUCGUCACGAACGCCGAUGUACGGUUUGCGCCGGGCCUGAUCACAGAAUUUGUCUCGCAGACGAGGGAAAAGACAUCCAAUCAGACCGAACGUAUUCGCCGCCUCGACGAAGAGGUCGCUGCUGAAUCCACGACCUUGAAGAGCGUCCCAGACGCGCGCUUUGCUUUCCGCAGCUCCACCCUCCCAAUCAUCACGGCCUCUUCUUUGCCGUAUCGUAUUCGGACAAUGCCGCCGGAGGAGAUGAAGAAACAGUUUGCCGACACCUACGGCAUAUUUUACAUGGACUGCAAGGAGUUUAUGGCGACCUUUGCCUUGCCUCGCCUCACCAUAGCAACCGUAGGGUUCUUUGACGAGAAUUACUACCCCAUCUACGGUGAAGAUCACGACUACGUGUGGCGCAUGGCAGCGCUGGGCUACAAACCGUAUUUCUCAAAGCCGGGGCAAUUUGUGCACUAUGUAAACGCGAACGUUCAAGCCGGCGGUGAGGCCAGGCAACGCGGCGUCUUCAAAAAUACCGCCUACAUCACGCAGAGCCUCAAGUUUGGACGCAUGAGCAAGCAGGUUUUUCGCCAUCACUACCGCCACAUCAAGUGGUUCCCUGAUAGUAAAGUCCUUGGAUCAAGUACCGGACGCACGCCCUUACCGUUUAGGGGAAGCAUUCCGCUCGAUAUGUGGGUACUCGACACAGAGAGGCAAAGGUACAUCUGGGAAAUCGGCGAAAACCUCCGCUGCGCCCGCGAAUACAAGCACUACAACACGAGCCUCCUGCGCUUCUAA